AUGACCAAGAACAUCUCCCAGGACCAGGCUGGAGCAAGUGGCGCACCGUCGGAAGAAGAGCCCACCGGCCAGAAGUGUGAGUUCAAGGCCUAUCAUGAGACAGUCAAGCGGGGAGUCCCGUCUUCGGAGCCCAUCUCAGACCCCUUCGGCAAGCUCGACGCCCGAGAUGACGACAGCACGUACGCGCUGGUCAUCAGGCGGACCUUCCAAGAGAAGAAGCCCAAGAAGACCACGAUGCAGAUCAACUCGCCCCAUAUCCUGAAGGCAUUCUGCGAGGUCAUCAAGUCAUACGCCCCCGUGCCAUCGGACUUCACCACAUCGCUCGAGCUGAAAAGCCCCUUCGAGAUGCUAGUUCACCACUGGGACGACCUGGAGGCCUACCGCUACGCAGCGGCAUCCUCGACAACAGCCCGCCAGCACCUGGACCUGCUCUUCGAGUUCAUGGCCCACGAGCUCAAGCCCGGCCGCGACCGCGCGCUGAAGAUGAUCCAGGAGGGCCAGGUCGCGUACAAGGACGCCUGGGUCAUCUACCGGCCGGGCGAGAUCCUGUACACCGAGUUCUCGGGCGAGCCGUGGCUGCUCGUGUGCCGCAAGACGGCGUACGAGGAGAGCAAGGACGACGGGCCGUACCUCGAGGUGCACUGCGAGUACACGUGCCACAACGGCGCCGUUGUCGGCAACGCCGCGCACGCCGUCAAGAUGUACCAGCGCGAGCGGUUCCCCCAGGACAACCCGGCCGGCAUCGCGGACCUGCCGCUGUGUCCGCGGCGGUUCGUCAAGGUGGGCGAGGCGCUGGAGCGCCGCCUGCGCGUGCGUGGGGAGAAGUACCUCGCGCUGAGCGACCGGUCCACGGUCGCGUACGACGGCCCGGCCGAGUGGCUCAAGGAGCCGCCGUUCGAGUUCUACGACAUGUCCAACUGCAAGUUCCGCGGCGUCUGGCUGCCGUUCACCGAGGCCGGGCGCGUGGUGCUCGACCGCAAGACGUUUGGCGAGGAGCAGCGCAUGGCGCGCGUCGCGGUCAAGAUCGCCGACCCGAAGCCCUGGCUCUGUCCCCCGUUCACGCUGGGCUACUCGCUCAACCGCAAGAACUGGUGUCGGUUCCUCGUCGACAAUAUCAGCGACGUCCGCUGGAAGCCGAGCGCGUGGGACGAGCUCGUGCUGCCCGACGCUGAGAAGUUGGUCCUGCAGAGCUUGGUCACGUCGCAUGAGUACAGCAGGAACCCGCGCGACCACAUGCAGCAGAAGGGCAAGGGGCUGGUUUGUCUGCUGCACGGCACGCCGGGAUCCGGCAAAACGCUCACUGCGGAGACGGCGGCUGAAGGAACGAAGAAGGCGCUUGUCUCUACGUCGGUGGGAGAGCUUAACAGAGGGGCUAGUAUUCUAUCCGGCUCGGCAGCUUUCGAGAAGGAGUUGAAGAAGUGUCUCCAGUAUGCCACGAUCUGGCAAGCCGUUGUCCUACUCGAUGAGGCAGACAUCUUCCUAGAGGCCCGCAAGGACAACAGCUCGGACCGCAAUGCCCUGGUCGCCAUCUUCCUCAAGGAACUCGAAUACUUCGGCGGCAUCGUUUUCCUGACCACCAACCGCGUCGAGUCCUUUGACCAUGCUAUGAAGUCCCGCAUCCAUCUAUCCCUCUCGUAUACGCCGCCCGGGGUCGAUGUCCGCAAGCGGAUUUGGCUGCAGUGUCUUCAGGCCAUUCCCAAGGAAGCAUCUGCGAUAGAUGCCGAGGGCGCCGUCGAUGGCUUGGCGGAACAGGGGCUCAACGGAAGGGAGAUCGCCAAUGCUGUCAACACGGCGCGCACCAUGGCCCGGUUUGAGAAGACGCCUCUGAGGAUGAAGCAUGUCGAGGUCGUGCUGGGUGUGCGUCGCGCUUUCGAUGACAGCCUAAAGAAUGGAGGUCUGUCUUUGCUGUAG